AGAACGGGCUGCUGUGAAGGGCUGUAGGGUCUGUAUGUUAUGUAUAGGCACAAGAGAGAGAGACAAUCAGGCGAGGGGUGGGUGAAGGAAAGGCACUGAGCCAGGGUGCAGCACGAGGAAACUGUAUCAGCUUGGCUCAGGCUGGCUUCCUCCCCUCUACAAAAGCCCGGUUGGAGGGCAGUGAAGAGGAGCUGGAGGCUAGAGUUUCAAGCACCGAACUGACAGUCCGUACUGCACAGAGAAAUGUCAGGUGUAGCCUCACCUGUCCACGCAAAUAUGAAUUUGUUUCCACUCCUCUUCCCGGCCACUUUAUCGGCUAGGUUUAACGCAUAACAGCCAAUUUUCAGCUAUAAUCCAAGGAAAAACCCCAGAACCUGGAUACUACAGCAAGCUGUGUGAUGAUGUCAGUGGCAGUGUCGUCAUAUUUCCACUGGGCAUCGUCUAAACACGCUGCUUUGUAAAGGUAGACGGGGUGACAAGGAGCUCAGGUUCAGCUGCGCGUCCUAUUGCUAUUGCGUAACAGGCGUGCCAAGCGGAAGGUUGGCAGGUAGGCAGUCGUGUUUAUCCGCUUUUGAGAGAGGAAAAAAUGAGAGGGAGGGAGCGAUCUGGAGAGAGAUGGAGCAGUCGGAGGGGGCGUACAUCUCCUCAGUCGCUCGUGGCUAGAAAGCUGGCAACGAUACAACGCUGCUGAAAGGCAACCUCUCUUUGUGCCCAUAGAGGAGCGGUUUGAACCUCCACCGCCGGCGGUUGUUAUCCUGCGUGCGAGGUAAACCCGGACGACACCUUUGCUUUCACUUCAGGAUGUCCUAGUCCUGAUAGCCCUGCCGCAGCGGACGCCAUCGACUCGGAGCCUCGCAGACCCGCAGCAGAAACGCAGUGAAAGGAUGGUGUGACAAACAGACUUCCAGAGGAACCAGUCACUGCUCAGCGCUCAGAGGGAGACCAUGGCUCCCAUGUCCCUCAUGCUCCUGGUCUUGCUCACCUCCAUCAUCGAUUUUGCCGAUGCUCAGACCGUCAUCGGCUACUCCUCCUCCUUCUCUUCUCUGGACCUGCCUAGCGAUUCUUCACCUCCACCAACCAAGCAGACUCCUCGUUUCUGGCCAUCUUUGCCUCCCAGGGGACGCAGUGAUGUGCCCAUCAGAGUUACAGGACAGGACAGGUUAACAACUACAAAUACAGUGGAGCAGAGGGAAAGACUCCAUCCAUCGGUGACACAGUUCAACCGCCCUCUUCAGUCUGCCCUUCCCACACAGAACCUUAGCAGUGGACUAAUUGUAACCCAACCAACUGCCUCUAGGCCCAGAACUGACACAGCCAGUUUAGCAUUCAGCAGGGCUUUCAGAAAGGGAGUUGCCACUACAAAAAGCUCAACUCCACCUCCACUUGCGUUGGACUCUGCCGAAGUGGCUGAGCCUGCAGGUGAUAAGACAGUGACAGGAGCGAAUCCAAAGGAGGAAGCAAUUAAAGAGAAGCAGGGUGUUGAUUCACAAGGGUUGGGAUCAGGUAUUGCUCCAACAGUAAUGUUUGUGAAGGAGGAAUCACCCGAUCCUCUGUCAACAGUUGAUGAUGAAAUGGCACAGUAUCGACCGCAGGCACAGACCGUGGCCUCUAAAGUUUCUGAUGUAAAAACUCCACCACUGGACAGUCAGACCGUGAAGCCUCACCUGUUUGCGUUGACAACCACCAGCACAACCAGAACCACUUCUACAACAGUAGCGAGUGAGAAAGUGAUGACCCCACUGUCCUCUGUGGUAACGCAGCAGACACUUAAGACUGUGCAAUUAAAAGGUGAACUGGGACCAAACACUCCUUCCACUGACAGAGUUACUCCAAAGCAGGACUCUGAUGCUGAGAUGUUACCCCAACCAACAUCUACCGUGACUGGCUCUAUUGCUAAACAGCUCCAGCCUGGAGCACAGCCGGUUACUACCCAAAGCAAGAACAGUUCGCAUUCAAACACCACAAAACUACAAGUGACAAAUACUUCUACACCCAGUGUGCUUCUUUCUGCCAAAUCAACAACUCAGCUCAGCAAAACAGUACAGCGAGGAAGACAUGCUGCAAGCACAACAGUGCAGUCACUGAAGAUAGGGGUCUCUUCCAGUCUUACAGCGAGUGUUGUACCAGUCAUCCAAACACGGUUUCGUCCCACAUAUCAGAAUGGUAUUAUUCAGAAGAACCACUCUCAUCAGCUAUCGAGGAACCCUCACUCAGCUCCUUAUUCCACUUCUGAUCCAGCUCCCUCUCCCAGUGCCAAUUCCUCACCUAAUGCCACACUUCUUUACUGGGGUGAUCUAAGCCGGACACUUGCUUUCGCCUGGGAACUUCACGUCUACGGAUCUGCAAGCCUCUUCCUCUUGCUGUUUGCUGGAGCUGCUCUUGGCCUCACACUGUCCCCUGGCGCAAACUGUCCUCAUCGUGGUGCUCUUGCACUGGCCAAUGCUCUGCUGUUUCUGGCUGGAGGCCUCAGAGCAGCUCUAUUUCUCAUUGAUCCCUAUGGCACACGAAAAUUCCUCCCUCGCCCUGCAGUUACAGCCAUCUACAACCUGCCUCUGCACCUCCUGGUAUGGACACAUGCUGCCCUGGCGCUGCUGGCAGUGAGGGUGGCAGGAAUAAGUGCGUUACCGCCAACCAUGGAGCGGCCUCCUCUGGUGGCUGUGCUGACUGUGUUGCAGUGUACCCUGCUGCUGGCAGCUGAUCUGCUCUCCCCAGCCCUCUCUCCUGUGGUGCCUGUUACCCUACAAGUCCUGUCUCUGUGUUGGGGUCUGGGUCUCUGCCUGGGCUUUCUUUGCUAUGUCUUCCCACGUAUACGCUGCCCUGCUGUUCCUCAAGCCGGAGUUUCCGAAGAGGUACGGAGAAAGGCUUGGACAGGGAGCAGGAGAAUAGGAGUGAUUCUGGGAAGAGUGCUGGCAGUGUGUGCAGUUCUUGGGGCUUUGUGUUUUGGGUUGCAUGCCCAUGCUAUCUUGUGGCUUUAUGGACUGUUAGGUGACUGGACACGCUUCAACUGGGGAUGGUGGCUAGUGCAUUUCUGGGCCCGACUCCUGGAACUAGCCUGGGGGUUCUCCCUGCUCCUCCUGAGCUCGUGGGUGUUCUGGAGGCCUCAGAGUUGCCGUGGAAGGGAAGAAGGUGGCCAGGAUGGAAGAGCAGCAGGAGACCUGGCAUCCCCUAGUGAUUCUGCAGGCUCCCCUCAAACACACACCUGCUGGUCCAAGAUAGUCCAGAGCCUGAAGGGUAAGCCCUGCAGGAAGUCUGACAGUAAUGGCGUAGGAGGAGGAGGAGGUGGAGGAGUAGGAGAAGUGCCUAACAACUGGGCUGGCCAGGAGCGUCCUGGGGCUGAUAUCAGCAAGAGUCUGAUUAGAAAUCAGAACCAUGAGCAGGCCGUUUCACAGCCACUUGUCAAAGACAGCAACCGGGGACGGAACCAUAGGGGCCACUCUGCAGAGCGAGGCACAUCUGACGGCUCUACUGGCUCCCUCCUAAGACUGCAGACGUUUGGCCAGCCUCCACAGCGCUCGGUGAGCGGCAGCCUGGAUCAGGAUAGGGAUACUUCCCUGUCUUUCUAUGAGUUUGACCUGCGGCCGCCCUCCCCCAUCGACCUGACCCGCAGCAUCGAUGAGGCUCUGCACAGAGAACACCUGCUUGAAGGAGGGAGCCUGUUUCAUCCUUUGAACCAGACCUUACAGUCCCCUUCCCCAGGCUCAGGGGUCAGUCAGGGGCCCUGGCUCCGCAGGAACAGUGAUCCUCAGUUGCUCUCAGAGAGUAGCGAGGCUCCAACAGAGUCUUCCAUGCCACUGGGGGGAAGCAUUCUCAGUAGUGUACCCAGUAGGCAGGUGACUGCUCCCCCAACGCCAUCCCACCAGGGUCACAGAUGGGCUGGAAAUGGGACAACAAGUGUCCCUUCAUCAGUGUCCUGUCCUGUGUCACUCCGUCCCUCCAGAACCUCAACGGGGCAUUUGGGAGACGAUGGAGUGGACGACACACGACCGUUUAUCACCCCAGACUCUGAAAGUGUGCGAGGGAGAGCUGCGAGGCCAGUGGGGUCACGCAGUUACCUGGAAGUCAGUCGACAUGACGAUUCUGCCAGUGUCAGCAGUGAGAUUAUUGACCUAUGAGCCUAACCUUGGACAUGAGGACCAAAUGACUGCACAUCUAACGCAUUCAUUUAACAGGAACUAAUCCUAACCAGGGAUGCUGCAAAUAUUGGGAUAAUAGUAUUAUUAAACUGUGUAAUAAUACUUUUUGUCAAAAGAGUGAAAAUAUAAAAACAAGGAUCUGGGUGACAAACUUAAAAGGUGUCACCUAGCUGCCUUUUGUCUUUGUUGAUCAGAUUAGCUGUUGAUUAGCAUAAUUUAUAGACAAACAGCACGCUCACUUUCCCAUCUGUCUAUCUUUUUCUUGUCUGUUUAACACUGGUAUGACUUCAAGUACACUGAGAGCACACUUACAUACAAUUCCUGAGAAUGGCUCUUUAGCAGGUCCGUGCUUGUGACUGGCUUCAGACUUGUGAAGCUGAUGAAUUUAAUCUUUCAAGAAAGUAAGUAGAUUUAGAUAUUCAAGUUCUUGCUUGGAAACAUUACUUUAACAGCGUUAAGUUUAAAGGGUAAAAGACAAAUGAUGCUCCAAGUGUCUUUGUGUCCUGUUCAAAUGGUUUCUGCAAAAAGAAAAAUACAUGACUGCAUAUGAUUGCUCAUCAGUUCGAUUCCUUUACUAGAGUUUCUUUGCUGUCUUUCAUAUUUCAGUUUGCUUCGUGAUGUAAAGUUGUGCCAUACGUAAUCAAAGUUGGUUUCUGUGCUAUUAUUAAUGGUUUUAUAAACCCAUUAUUUGGGUUAAUGGUCUCUAGCAUCUUAGCAUUAUGACUCAGCUGCAGAUUACUACAUCUAAGCUCUUAACUUGCUGCUGCCAUCAUUGUACUUGUCCAGUUUGCCUUGUAUUUUAAAACCGGUUACAUAAAGAGGCAGGCGAUAAACAACAGCCAGAGACACAGCUGCGGAGCAGACACCUGCUAACAUGUGUUCCUGAGGUUUUUAGCUGUUGAUCAAAUUGACAGACUUUAAAUAUGGAACUCAACUAUGAUGCAUUUUGUUGAAGGACAGAGCUUUGCAAUCAAUAACCAUGCUUAACGUAAGCCUCUCAAUAAAAAGCUGCAUUCAGUUCAAUAUGUUUGGUAUCUAAUUACAUGCUUCAUAGCUUUGCAGGGCUGCAGCACACAAGACCGGCUUAGCAUGAACCUCAGAAUUCCUAUAGUUAGGCCUGACUCAAUAACGGAGCACUUAACCCCAAGCCUGAGCACUAGACUGAAGUAUUUUAUUACUAAAAAGGAAAAUAUCUUUGAAAUCUAUGAUGUAUAAGCAACAAUGUAAAUAGUUAUUUUUGAUGUUUCAUGAAUAAAGGUGUAUUUGAAACAGUUAUAGUUGUUACUGUGAAAGACAAUCUAAGUGAUAUUGCUUAUGCGUCUGAGCUGUGCAGACAGUUUUGCUAUUUCGACGUCAGAUUGUGGCCUGUUUAGUACAUGCAGAGCUGUGACAGCUGAUGCUUGACUGCAGAUGUUAUGUUAAGGACUUUUUGGGCUAUGCUCAGAAUUUAAAAAAGAUGGAGGUUUAGCGAAGUGUACAGUUGACGGUCAGGAUCGGUUUGAUUUUUUAUUUUAUUUCAGCUUUUCCUGUCGUUAGCGGUGACAAAAUUAUUGGGGGGAAAACAAACAAAACAAAAACAACAUUUUGGUGAAAUCAUAUUUCGUCCAUUAAUUCAUUUGAACUGUUUCUGAUCCCAAAAGAUAGCCCAGUGGUUCCCUCUGAAACUUGAACGGUUUUGCUCCAACUUGAGAUAUACUUUAUUAUAAAUGAAACUUACAGAUUUAUCAUUGUGAUUCAGUCUUUGAAUGUUGUUUUGAAUAUGUGAGGAUAAAGUGACAUUUUGUUUUGCAUUAUUUGGGAAGAAACAUAGUUACUCAUGCCUCUGUUCCUGAUUAGAGCCAGUCCCUUACUUGUUUUCCGGUUACCUCAGGGUGACUUGCAGCACCUCCCAGUGAUGUGAGACGCUUGACUUAUAUAGUAUUUACAGUACAAUGGCCUUUUGUUGCUGUCUACAUUCCAGUGAACCUGUAUAAUUUUACCGUAUCAUCUCUCGCCAUUACCGCCAUUACCUAUUUUACUUCAUGGCAGCCGUGGUUCCUCCAGCAACUGUAGUGUUGUCCUACGGAGCAGUAAGUCCUGUAGAAAAUGUGCCCCUUUUGGUCUUUAGCCAUUUUGCAGAAGUGCAGUGUUAGCGUCAUCUGUUUACUUUGCUCACUGAACUUUUGUUCUCGUAUUUCUUGCUGCAUUUUUUGUUUGAAUUUAAAUAAAAAUGAUAAAACUCAAACCCA